CCCACUCGCCGCGGAAACCACAAGGACGGAGGACGGGAGGAGGGGGGAGAGAGAGAAAUAGUAGCCAGCCACGGAUGGCGGCGUCUGGGGAUUCGCCUGCGGUCCAGGGGAGCCAGAAGCGGGCGAGGCCCCUCGCCGGCGGAGGAGGAGAGGCGGCUUCGAGGAGCGCCGCCUUCAACGAUGAGAUGACGGCGUCCUCCGGCCCGCCGUCGUCCGCGACGGUAGUCGAUGGCGUGACGGUGGUGGACCCCGACGCCCUGGACUGCGUCAUGUGCCGCCUCCCAUUAAAGCCCCCCAUCUUCCAGUGCAAAGCAGGACAUGUGAGGUGCUCAUUGUGCCACGAGAAGCUUAAAGCCACCGGAAGCUGCCAUAUGUGUGGUGGUGUUGCCAACAGUUCUUACACACAGAGCCGCGCCACGGAGCGCGUGGUUGAGGCCAUCCGCGUCCAGUGCCCAAAUGCUGGUCGCGGCUGCACCACCAGGCCGGCCUACUAUGACCAGGAGAGACACCGUCAGACAUGUCUGCAUGCGCCCUGCCGCUGUCCCAUUGUGGGCUGCAACUUCGUCGGCUCGACAAAGGCCCUCCUGGACCACUUUGACGACUUCCACGGCUGGCCUUGCUUUGCCAGGUCAGGACUGGCCAGAUGUGCAACUUAUACCUCAAGGAUGGCCUCAACACCGUCAUCCUCCCUGAUGAAAAGCAAGGCACCACCGCCCGCAGGCUGUGCCUGUUCCUGCUGGACGUGGUGCGCCAGCUGCUUGGCUGCACGAUCUCCGUGCUCCUUAUCCACCCACAUGCUGCCGAUGAGCACCAGGGUUCGUGCUCCAUGAAGAUGAAAUGCGAGCUCACGCACUCAUGGAACCUUUCAUUGAGUUGCGGUGAUCAGGUGGAGCAUAGCCAGGAGUCCAAGUUCACCGCGACAUGCACUGAUCGAUCCACUGGACUGCCCAACCCUGACGAGGACUUCCAGUUUGUUGUGCCUAAUUCCGUUCUUGCAGACGAUGACAAGGAGAACGCUAUCAAGGUUGGGUUCCGUAUUGCCAACAACUCAUAGAUCCCUUGAGGUUGAGGCCUUUACUACCUGAGCCAUUUGAUUUCAACUUCAGCUAAAAUUCUGCUAUAGGAAUGUCAUAGUCGGCAGGGCCUACUCUUGGAGCAAGGUGUCAUCUAGGAGUUAAGGCUGCUUGGGAGGACGUUGGAAAGUUUGGUUGUAAUUUGACUGGAUUCUAUCUAUAUAAAGAACCAAUGUAUUCUGAGUA